CGAAGAAGUGCUCUGUUGCUAGAGAAAAACAGCUCAGAAGACAUGGCGCCAAAGCGGAGCAAAGGCAAAGCAAAGGGAACAACUGUUAUCGAUGGGGUGGACACCAGUUCGAUGACCAGAGAGCAGUUGGAGGCCUUCGCCCACCGCCUCAAGAACGAGAUGGAGCGCGAGCGGGAGGAGAGGAACUUCUUCCAGCUGGAGCGUGACAAAUUGCGAACGUUCUGGGAGAUUACGCGCAAUCAAUUAGAGGAGGCUCGAGCCAUCAUCCGCAACAAGGAUCGCGAAGUGGAAGAGGCGCAGGAGAUGGCUGAAGUGGACAUCAAGCAUGUCACGCAGCAGAUAAAGCAUCUCCAGUACGAACAUCAGACGCGCCUCGGCGAGAUGAAGGCAGAAUACAUGACUCAGCUGAAGAUGGCACAGGAAGAUCACGGAAAGCAGGAGCAGGAGCUGCUCAAGGACAAGCGCGAGCUGCGACGGUUGCUGAGGGAGAAGGAAGAGAGCACAGAGCUUCAGAUCCAGCAACUGAAGCUGAGUCACAGCGAGUCUCUCAGCGAGGAGAGAAGUCGCUAUGAGAGGGAGCUGAAGGAGCUUCUGGUGCAUCAGGAGGCGAAGAUGGAUCGCUUCAUUCAGGAGAAUGCCGUCAAGAAUCGGAUGGAAGUGGCAGAAGUUGAGGAGCGCAAGAACACACAAAUCGCCAAGCUGAUUGAGGCUCACGAUCAGGCUCAUCAGGAGCUGAAGAUGUACUACAAUGACAUCACGCUCAACAACUUGGCCCUCAUCAGUAGUCUCAAGGAGCAGAUGGAGGAGCUGAGACAGCAAUCGGAGCGCAAUGAGCGCACAGUUUCCGACGUGACGGCGGAAAAUCGACGCCUCGUUGAGCCUCUUCAGGAGGCAAAAGCCGAACUGGCUGAUCUCAGGAAGAAGCUUGAGAAUUACGAUCGCGAUCGAAGUGCCUUGGCGCGAUCGAAAACCCGCUGCAAAACCGCCGAGAAGAAGCUGAAUGAUCACAAGUGGGAAACGGAAGAGCUGAAGAUGCGCCUCGAGGCGGUUCUUGAGGAGCGCGAUUGUCUGAGGGGCAAAUUUGAGGAGGCCGUGCUGGAGUUGCAGCAGAAGGCAGGGCUGAAGAAUGUCCUGCUGGAGCGGAAGAUCAGCCUGAUGGAGCAGGAUUGCGAGAAGAGAGAAGCUGUCCUGGGCGAAGUGCUGUCAGUGGCCGGAAUGGAGCCUCAAGCGUUGAGCAUUCGCGUCGAGAAGCUCAUUCAAAUCAAGACGGAUAAAAUCCAGGAUUUGCAAUUCGAAGUGAUCAAAAUCACGAAGAAGUACAAUGAGCUGUUGAGGUAUUUCCAUCAGAAGAUGGAUGCCAUUGGGAUCGGAUUGUCUGGGGAAGAAUUGGAGUUUCAGCAAUUGAAGGUGCCCGACUACAAAUUAUCCACUCACUCGGCCAUGAAAUAUCUCUGA